AUGCUGUCCACCCUCAGAGUCGCCAGCCGUAAGGCUGCUACCCGUGACGCUAGUGUGCGCACCGUUAUUGUCGGCGCCAGACACGCCUCCGCCUGGUCCAACGUGCCUCAGGGUCCUCCCGAUGCUAUCCUGGGUAUCACCGAGGCCUACAAGGCCGACACCUUCAAGGAGAAGAUCAACCUUGGUGUCGGUGCUUACCGUGACGACCAGGGCAAGCCCUACGUCCUGCCUUCCGUCCGUGCUGCAGAGGACAAGGUUGUCGCCACCCGCCUCGACAAGGAAUACGCCGGUAUCACCGGUAUCCCUGCCUUCACCAAGGCUGCUGCUGAGCUGGCCUACGGUGCCGAUUCCGCCGUCCUCAAGGAGGACCGUCUCGUCAUCACCCAGACCAUCUCCGGUACCGGCGCUCUGAGAAUCGGUGGAGCUUUCCUGCAGCGCUUCUACCCUCACGCGAAGAAGGUCUACCUCCCCACCCCCAGCUGGGCCAACCACGCCGCUGUCUUCAAGGACGCCGGUCUGGAGGUUGACAAGUACCGCUACUACAACAAGGACACCAUUGGCCUUGACUUCGAUGGCCUGCUUGCCGACAUCAAGGCUGCCCCCGAGAACAGCAUCAUCCUUCUCCACGCCUGCGCUCACAACCCUACCGGUGUCGACCCCACCCAGGAGCAAUGGCGCCAGAUUAGCGACGUCAUGAAGCAGAAGGGUCACUUUGCCUUCUUCGACAUGGCCUACCAGGGCUUUGCCAGUGGUAACGCUGACCAGGAUGCCUUUGCUCCCCGUCACUUCGUGAAGGAGGGCCACAACAUUGCUCUUUGCCAGAGUUUCGCCAAGAACAUGGGUCUGUACGGCGAGCGUGUCGGUGCCUUCUCUCUCGUCUGCGAGUCCGCCGAGGAGAAGAAGCGUGUGGAUUCUCAGAUCAAGAUCCUCAUCCGUCCCUUCUACUCCAACCCUCCCAUCCACGGUGCCCGCAUCGCCUCGACCAUCAUGAACGACGCCAAGCUUAACGAGCAGUGGCUGGGUGAGGUCAAGGGCAUGGCCGACCGCAUCAUCGAGAUGCGCGCUCUCCUCCGCAAGAACCUGGAGGAGCUUGGCAGCAAGCACGACUGGUCUCACAUCACCAGCCAGAUUGGCAUGUUCGCCUACACUGGUCUCAAGCCCGAGCAGAUGGACGCUCUGGCCAAGGAGCACUCCGUCUACGCCACCAAGGACGGCCGUAUCUCCGUGGCCGGUAUCACCAGCGGCAACGUCAAGCGUCUUGCCGAGUCCAUCUACAAGAUCACCGGUUAA